CAAAAGGCAUCCACGCCGACCGGAUCCCACAAUGGCUCUCGCCCUCUCCGCCCUCCCGCUGUCGCUGUCGCUCAACGCGCCCCUGGCUGCGGCCCCGGCGUCGCGCGCCGCCGUCUCCAUGCAGGCAUACGGAGCCGUCGCGCCCACCGCGUAUGGCGAGUCCGUGGCCUCGAGCCGCCGCGGCAUGGCCGGCCCCGCGACGGACUCCUCCAUCCUCGUCCAGGGCGGCUCGCUCCGCACCUGGUCGUACCGCUCGCCGUCGGUCGAGCAGGUGCAGGUGGUGCUCAGCACUGAGGGCCGCCCGCUGGACGCGGACAUCGAGCUGUGGCAGGGGCCGGACAACACGCCGUGCAAGAUGCGCGUGUACGUCGAGAACGGCCAGCUCCGCCCCUUCAGCGCCGUCGUCGAGACGCCCCGCGGCCCAAACACGAUUGCCAUCCGAAACAUCGGCCAGAUCGAGUUUCCCUUCGCCGCCAACGUCGUCGCCGAGGACGUCGACGCGCCGUCGGCCGAGUGCCUCUCGACGCGCAUGACCAUCCAGGGCGGCGCCCUCCGCACCUACCCCUUCGACCCCACCGUCGACAGCGUCCAGGUCCUGCUCAAGACGGACGGGCGGCCGCUCAACGCGCGGAUCGAGCUGCUGCAGGGCCCGAACAACAACAAGCAGGUGAUCGAGCUGUACGCGGAGGACGGCCUCGACCGGCCCUUCUUCUGCAUCCUCGAGACGCCCGGCUCGGGCAACGUCGUCCGCGUCGUCAACACCGCCCCCGUCGAGUUCCCGAUGACUGCCGCUGUCGUGCCAAACUCCAUCAACGAGCAGAUGGGCUACGAGGCGGUGCUCGGCGGCGACGUCGUGCUCGGCGGCGACAUGGGCUAUUGAAGCGCGCGAUGUGCAUGACGGGCGGGCGUAGGCGAGAGCGAGGGGAGGCAUUUGCAGGGGGGGCAGUAGGGUGUUGCUUGGGGUCUCAUGGCACAUGGGAUGUGCGCAGAGGAUGUGUGGGGCGCCGGAAAGAGGAGCGUGACACGACAGUGAGGUGACUGUGUGCAUCUGUUACUUGUGCACGCGCGCCGUGUUCUGCAACACGAACGCAGCGCUCUCACACAGCAAAUAAUUCACCUUCAUCCACCAAA